CAACCAUCCAAUCGUUGCUGUUCGUCGCUGCUCCACCGCUGCGCUCGGUCGCACGCACACGCGCCAGCUGGGAGUGCGCGCCCACGCGGACCUGAUGGCAGGACAGGUCAUGAGCUGAGCCGAUGAGAUCAUGGAGUCCGCGCCGAGAUCGGACGGGGAACGGUCGGGACCUCACGGUGAUGGAGAAGUGCCUGUCCGAAUCCAUGAUGUCCUGCGCUGUAGCUGAAAUCACAAGACCUCUGGCUCGUAAGUCUGGGAGCCCUGCAGCCAACAGUCACUUUAUUCUAAAAGAACUAAAUAAGACUCAGCCUCAAGCCCUAACCAGUCAGGCAUGGACAGGUGAAAACUGAGAGGUCAAGAGGUGGCCUUUAUUUUUUCUGUUAUUCGUUCUUGAUCCAUAAAAGGACAUGAAAAUAUUCCCCGCUCUAACAAUUUCUUGUGAGAUGUCAUAUUUUGCCAUAUAAAAAAAAAUGCCUUUAAAUAUUCGAGCGAAGCCCUCGCAGAGCAAGCUGUCUGCUGCUGCAAAGAGUAGUGGGCACACUGAUGGCAGCACAUCUCAUUCACGCUUCUCCAGGUCUCCUAAACAUGGUAAAGGGAAACAGGCUGUAAGCUCAGCACCGGGGUCUCGCUCGGGGCUAGAACCAGGUUCUGUGUCAGGGGGUCUUCCUGCAACAGCAUCUAAACUGACUACGGGUCAAGGAUCGAUGUCCAGGCCGGGUUCUAAAAUCAAGGCCGGCACAGCGGCAGACAAAGGUUCAACUCGUGGCUCAGCAACGGCUCCAGGAGGCAAAACCUUAUCUAUGGAGAACAUCCAGUCUUUGAGUGCCGCCUACGCCACUUCCGGCACCAUGUAUCCCAGCGAGCGAGAGGCCUUGGAACCCUCCGGUGGGUACCCCAAAGGCACCAUGACGCUGGGAAGAAGCACCAGCCGCUCCUCCUACACUGGCCGGACAACAGCCAUGGGAAGCAGCCCGAACAUCGCCUCCUCUGGGACGCAUCACUCAUCCGACCACUGCGGAGACCAAACCUUGCUUUCUGUGGGGGCCUCCAGUUUGCGGCGUCAGUCUGGGAGACAUGCGCAGGUCCUGGAUUCGACCGGACGGGGAGAGGUUUCCACAUUUGACCUCCACACUCAGCUGAGGGAUCUGCAGAGAGAGAAUGACAACCUGCGGAGAGAACUGGAUGUAGGGAGGGAUGGAAGGACGGGCCCCAGCACGAACAAUGUCAACUUUUGGAGCCCAGAUAUAAAGAGAGACAAAGGGGUGAGGCGGGAUGAGGGAGUGAGGACCUCAGUUGUGAAGGACCAGUACAGGACGACCCAAGAGGAUGUGCAGCCUGGGGAUAUCAGAAGAAACAAGCAGCUUCCGUUAACAGUUCAGGAGCUUCAGGAGGAGCUGAGGGCUCACAGGGAGAUGAACAGCCGCUUGCAGCAACAGCGGCUGCAGGGGAACUCUGGCUCCUAUAGAGAACUCCAUAUGGACCAGGAUCAGAGAGGGGGGCUCGGUUCUGGCCACAGUCCCAGGCAAAGCCCCAGCAACCUGCAUGGUCCUGGACCAAAGAACAGCCCCAGAGCCAGCCCAUCCAACACCUACAAUCCAAGGCAACAGGAAGCUGACAUCAUCAUUCACAGUCCUGGGUAUGGCUGUAACACUGCAGUAGCCGCGCAGAGAAUCAGUCCAGCCAACACCCUCCAGCCUGGGCCGAGGAACAGCCCAAGUCAGCCCCUCUACAGCCCCAACCAAGCUCCGGCAGUGGUGCCCGGCUCCAUUUCCCUCCGGCCCUGUAGCCCCUGUCAGGUGCCUGGGUGUGACGGCUUUUCGUCACCUCCUCCCCUGGACCCGUCGGAGGAGAACUUCUUCCGACUGCAGUCGGAGCACGAGCGACAGGCCAAGGAGCUGUUCCUGCUGAGAAAGACCAUGGAGGAGAUGGAGAUGAGGAUCGACUCUCAGAAGCAGACGCUGGGUGCCCGAGACGAGAGCAUCCAGAGGCUUUUGGAGAUGCUUCAGGGACAGGGUCAAGGUCAGAGCCACUGGGGACGGGGACAGCGGACAGGCAUCAUCACCAUGGCAGCACAGGAGGCUGAAGCUCAGCUGGAGAACAUGCAUGUCAGAGAGGACACCAAGAUCUCUUCCCUGGAGAGGAACAUCAGAGACUUAGAGGAUGAGGUCCAGAUGUUAAAGACCAGCGGCCUGCUGCACCCUGAUGACAGGCAGGAUGAGCUCAAGCAGGUGGAGGUCUACAAGAGCCAUUCUAAAUUCAUGAAGACGAAGGAGCAGGCCUUGUCACCAUGUGUGUCUUCCAUCAGACCAGCUCCCACCUUCCUCCUCCCCACCCAACAGCCUUGGAUCACAGAACAAGCAGAAAUCGAGCAGCUGAAGCAGGAGCUGAACAGGAAGGAGUCAGAGAUGCAGGCCCUGCAGACCAAACUAGAAACACUCACCAAUCAGAACUCCGACUGCAAGCAACACAUCGAGGUGCUAAAAGAGUCGCUCAGUGCCAAGGAGCAACGCGCCAACACGCUGCAGACUGAGGUAGAUGCUCUGCGGGUGCGUCUGGAAGAAAAGGAGCAGUUCCUGACCAAGAAGACCAAGCAGCUGCAGGAUUUGAAUGACGAAAAGAGCACGCUGACAGGAGAAAUCAGAGACAUGAAAGACAUGCUGGAUGUCAAGGAGAGAAAAGUCAAUGUCCUGCAGAAGAAGAUUGAGAACCUGUUGGAACAGUUAAAGGAUAAGGACAAACAGCUGGCUGGAUUGAGGGAAAGGGUUCAGGGCCUUCAAACUGAUUCCAGCAAUACGGAUACAGCUUUGGCCACACUGGAAGAGGCUUUAUCAGAAAAGGAGCGAGUGAUUGAGAACCUCCGGGAGCAGAAGGAUCGGGAGGACAGGGUUCGGCUAGAGGAAAUGGAACAGAUGAGGAAGGAGAACCAGGAGUUAAAAGAGAAACUCUCAGCCCUGCAACCCCAGAAACUGCCUCAGAGCCAGACUGCUAACCCCAUCCCAACACAGAACCAGAGGGCUGAUGGAGAGGUGCAAGCCAAAGUAGAUGGACUUCCAACAGUGAAUCCCACGACUCAAAACAAGGAAGAGGCAGUCAGGAUGUGUCCAGACAUCACGGAUCGUCUGAGGCUUCUCGAGCAGGAAGUUGCACGCUACAGAGAAGAAUCUGGUAAAUCCCAAGCUGAGGUGGAGAGGCUGAUGGGAGCUCUGAGGGACGCUGAGAUGGACAAAUCAUGCAAGGAGAAGAAAAUUACUGAUCUUGAGAGGCAAAUCAAGUCUCCUAACAUUCAGAAGCAGAUGGUUCUGGGUGAGAUGAGGAAAGAUGCCCUGACUGAUGGACAUCCGCACUCUUUAUCGCAGCUGGAGGAGCUGAUGGGGGCUUUGGAGAAGACACGGCAGGAGCUUGAUGCCACCAAACUGCGACUGUCCUCUACGCAGCAAUCCCUGCACGAGAGAGACGGACACCUGAACAGUAUGCGGCAGGAGAGACGCAAACAGCUCGAGGAGAUUUUGGAGAUGAAGCAGCAGGCUUUGCUGGCAGCCAUCAGUGAGAAGGAUGCUAACAUUGCCCUGCUGGAGUUAUCGUCCUCCAAACGCAAGAAGGCCCAGGAGGAAGUGAUGGCUUUAAAAAGGGAAAAGGACAGGCUCAUGCACCAGCUCAAACAGCAGACUCAGAGCAGAAUGAAGCUGAUAGCGGAUAACUACGAGGAAGAUUACAUCCAUCCCCAGCACCACCCCCAUCAUUCGCACCACUUGCAUCCGGCAAACGUGCAUCACCGAAGCCUUCCCAGAGGGCCCCCCCAUACCAACCACCGGCCCCCCAUGGACCAGGUCAAUAUGAAUGAUGAUGAAGAAGGAAUAUGGGCAUGAUGACCACUACCGUGGGAGCCCGCAUCCGUUUGUUCACACUGCUUGUGGAAGCAGACACCAUGAGGUUGGACAGCUUCUGCUACAGAUUCAUCGGCCCAUGUGUUCCCACAAUCAUGACAACCAAGCAUAUAUACAGAAACGCUCCACUCACCAUUACAACGUGUUGAGGUCGAGUUCAGCGAUCAGAGGGUCAUAAACUCUCCAUCUUACCACUGAAUGUCAGCAUCACUGACAAAUGCAGUGACCCAUUGAGGACCUGGGCCCAUGGUGAGCAAAUGUCCCCAACCAGGACAUCGACCACAUGCAUGAAGUUUCAAGGUAUUGUCCACUGCCUUCAUUUUCCUCACUGUUGAAAACAUUGGAAGCUGGAUUUAUUUUACAGUAUCGUGGUGCUACAGAGUCCUGGCUUCACAUCGACCGACAGCCGCUACGCUACUAUCAACUGUGAACGUGGCUAAGCUGAGCCAGUGGAACUAGCUGCAAACUCAUGCCAAGCCUAGACUGGUUUACGAAGGCAUGAAUGUGCUUACUUCUGCAGCUAAAUAUCAGACUUUUGUAAAUACGACAACAUGGACCUCAAAAUCCACAAUCCACAGAAACCUUUUCAAUGUACCGUGCCAAAGGAGACUACCGAAACGGGACAGCAAACGAAUCCUUCCUCAUCUGAGACUACCCAAUAAACCGCCCCUAGUUACGCAUUAGUCUAUCUCCCCACUUCCUGCAGAGAGAUCAGCUAAAAAAAAUGUUUUUAAAAAGGCACAUUUGAGCUUGAGGAUGCCUCACGUAAAGAUUAAGGAUCAGCUUCUAGCAUCUCAAAUAAUCAGGACCUUAAUUAACAGAGAAGGAAGCACAGCUGACCUCAAAUGAGCCAGCUUACUGUCUGUUUAUACAUUUCUCCUCGUGUGCUUUUAGCCUGCUGUGGGCUUGUUUAAUGAACCAAUAUCAUGUUCUGUUUGAUUUUCUACAGCUGAAACAAUUUGAGUGCCACUCUUUUUUUUCUUUUUGAAAUUAUAACAGCUGUGUGACUUAUUAUGCUGAUGAGUGAUGUGUUAUUUCGUUGUCUAUUGAUCUGUUCAAUCUGAGUGGCUAAUCUGAUUAUAAUGAAGUGACUUGCAUUUUACAGCACUGUGUCAUUACUUUUUUUUUCACUGUACUGGAGGUUGACCUUAGGUGACGGUAAUGCACAGUAUUGUUGUGAUUUAACUCAACAGUAUAACAGUGUUUCCAUCUGGCCGUUACCUAAUAUGUACAGUUUUUGUACAAUAAGUGUGUGUACGUGUGUGUGUGUGUGUGUGUGUGUGUGUGUGGUUCUGUGCUGCUCUGUUGGUUGUGAUGACUGUGAAAGUUUGGGGGGUAACAGUAUUCACCCUUGACUUGUUCCACGGUGUUUUGCAGUGGUCAGCUUGUUUCUGUCGUUUGAAUAAAAGCUGUUUUCACAAGAA